AUGGCCACGGCGACGCAGCCUCUGCGCGCGUGCCCGUGGCGCGUCGUCCCACGGGCAUGUAGCCGGGCCAAGGGCACGUGCGCCGCCGCCGCCGCUCCCCCUUUGGCACGUUCCAUCACCCCCACGUCUUCCGCCGCUGCCUCGUCCUCAUCGCCCUCCUCCGCCUCCUCCGCCUCCUCCAUGCCCGCCCACGCGCAGCGCCGCUUCCCCGCCUGGUUCGUCCGCGGCGGCACCUCCAACGGGCUCGUCAUCCGCCGCGACGCCCUGCCCGCCGAGCAGCGCCUCUGGCCGUCCGUCCUCGCCCCGGCCAUGGGCGCCCCGGACCCGCUCUUCGCCCGCCAGCUCGACGGCAUGGGCUCCGGCCUGUCCUCCACCUCCAAGGUCGUGGUGCUGUCGCCGCCCUCGCAGCGGCGGCCCGGCGGCGUCCACGUCGACUACACCUUUGUCCAGGUCGGCAUCCGCGACGGCGCCCUCGACCUCGCCGGCAACUGCGGCAACAUGUCUUCCGUCGUCGGCCCCGCCGCCUGGGACCUGGGCUUCGUCCCCGAGGGGGUCGCCGCCGCGGCCGGCCUCGUCGAGCGCGACGACCACGGCGACGCGUGGGCCUCGGUGCGCAUGUUCAACACGAAUACCGCCAAGGUCAUCGUCUCGCGCUUCAGAGUCGCCGGCCGGCCGCUCGCCUACUGUCCGGACGGGGACUACGCCAUGGACGGCGUGCCCGGCACGCACUCGCUCAUCACCCUGGGCUUCGAGGACCCCGCCGGCGCCAAGACGGGCAGGGCUCUGCCCACGGGCUCGCCCACCGACGAGCUGCGCCUGCCCGACGGGGCCCGCGUCACGGCGUCGCUCGUCGACGUCGGCAACCCGGGCGUCUUCGUCUCCACGCGCGACCCCGGGCUGGGGCUGGGGCUGGGCGCUCUCGCGCAGGCCAGCGCCCUGACGCCCGCCGCCGUCGAGGCCGACGCGCAGCUCAGGGACCGCCUGGAGCAGGUCCGCCGCGCGGGCGCCUCGCGCAUGGGGCUGGACCCCGACACCGAAAGCGUGCCCAAGAUCGUGCUGCUGUUCCCCCGCGCCGAGACCCCCCCGGGGAUGGACCUGCGCUGCCUCGCCAUGUCCAUGGGCCAGGCCCACAAGGCCAUGCCGCUGACCCUAGCCCUGUGCCUCGGCGCGUCCGCCCGCAUGCCCGGCACCCUGGCGGCCGGCCUGCUCGCCGAGGCGGGCAAGGACGUGGCCACCACGGCCGGGCAGGCGGAUGUGACGCUCACGCUGGGACACCCAAGCGGCAAGCUGGAUGUCGGGACGGUGAUGCGCGACGGCAGGAUAGAAUCGGCAAAGCUGCUGCGGACGGCGAGGGUCCUGAUGAAGGGGCAUGUGUACUACUAGACUCGCCUUCUUUGCCG